AUGACUUCUCUCGUCGGUCUCAUCCAAACGGAGCAACGGAUUAGGGGAGUGAGAAGGGGGGGGGGGGGGGGGAGUUCAUCGGAUGGAACGGGUUUCGAAUCCUAUAUUUUAUUUGUAUUAUUUCCGUACUGUGUCCCUCCUGUCGACGCUUCGACGGUUUGGAUGAGAGUGGACAAGGUAAGGGGAAGACGGAGCGAGGGACGGGAGAAGACCAAUGGCAUGAGGACAGACGGGCGCCGGGCUGUAUCAGCAAGCUACCUGAGUAAUAAUGGGAGUUUACAUGUCAUUAUUGUGCCUCAGCCGGAGGAUACUCUGCCCCUCCCCCCUCCCCUUCUCUCUCUCUUUUGGUUCUCGUCAUGA